AUGGAGUCUAAUAUUAAAGAUCCUGCUAAUGAAACUGAGAUUGUUGAAAAUGUAGUUGAGGAUACUGUAGUUGAAGCAGAAGAGCCUCAUUUUACACUUACGAUAAAUGUAUCUCAAUUACCUGGAAAAACGCAAGUUCUUGCGAAUGCAAGUGAACUUGUUCAAGAAGUUAAACAUUGGCUCACUGAUUCACCAGAAACGUGUAUAUAUACCUGUUUCUCACUCUGUUAUAAAGGCAAACGCCUUGAUGAUUAUAAAGAAUUACAAGAGGAAGAAAUUACUCAAGAUUGUGAAUUAGAUCUUAUAGAAGAACCCUAUACGGAGCGUGAAGCUCGCAUUCAUGUUAUACAUGUUAGAGAAUUACUAUCCGGUCCAUUUAAACAAAAUACUUCGUCUGUUGGAAUAGAUCCUGGAUUAUCGUUUUUCACGGCUGUUUCUGAAAAGGCCACGAAUGAACAACCCGGAAAAGCUAAAGAAAAUUCCGAAGUCCAAAAAACGCCUUUCAUGGAUUAUGAUUUCUCGGCACCUUCAUUGGUAAAAUUUGUUCCUAAUAAUUUUGGUAGAUGUUUGAUCAAAUGUUUAGAUUCAUUAUACCUAUCCGGUUGGAAUCCUGUGCCAUUUGAACGCCGUCGUAGAGGCGACCUUUUGUACUUGACUGUAACUACCAUAGAGGGAGAAAUUUUGCAUAUCACUUCAGCGAUUAAUGGUUUUUUUGUUAACAAAUCGACUAUGAAAAAUUUUGAUCCAAAUCCACGCUCAGAUCUUAAAGUCUAUCAUACUCAUUCACUUGUUUCCCUUCUUCAAGCAAUAUCUCCAUCAUUUCGUGUCAAUUUUAAAUCUUUGCAAGAUUUUAUUGCCUCGCAUCACCCUUUUGAAACCAUUCCAUUUAAUACAUGUUUUCCAGCUUAUCCUUGGGUUGUACGACAAUCUAAACAUACUCAUGAUAUGGGUCGCGCAACCGAAGUAUAUUUAAAUUUAGGUACUGAUGCUGUCGAUUCUCUCCGUGACUGGAACGACGAAUUUCAAUCUCAGCGUGAAUAUCCGCGAGUUGAAUUAAAAGAUCGCGUUUUACGCGAAAGACUCGUUAAUAAAAUUCAUGCUGAUUUUACUGAAAACGCGGUGAAGGGAGCAAUUGCUGUUAUAAACGGCAAUGUAAUUCCUUUUAACCCUCGUGACCCUGAAGAGGAGCAUAUGUAUGUUUACAAUAAUAUUUUUUUCAGUAAGGCAUUUGAUACAAGAGGUACAUUUGCAAAACUCGGCGGAAAUGAUGCAGCACACGUGGCAACCGGCAAAGAUAUGGAGGGUAUACGGACUGUAAAUACAACAGAUAUUGAGGGACUAUAUACACUUGGUUGUGUUGUAGUAGACUAUAAGGGAAUCAGAAUUGUCGCACAAACUAUUGUUCCAGGAAUUUUCCGACGGCAAGAUGAUUCAUCAAUUGUCUAUGGAUACUUUGACAAUGGACGAGACGAACCUAAGUUAUGUUCAGAUCCAGAAUUUCAUGAAAUAGUUGGAAAAGCUGCAAAAGCUUUACAUCUUGCCGAGCAUAGAUGUAUGGCAUCAGAUAUAUCGAUAUUUGAUAAUAUUAUAGUUUCAGCUACAACUGUCUCUGAUCCAAAAGGGACUACAGUCAAACUUUAUACUUCUCUUGAAACCAAGGGCUUAAUGGGAGACGAUGGCCGUAGAUAUUUGUUUGAUUUAUAUCGUCUUAACCCAAUCGAUAUUGAAUUUUUGGAUAAAGAAUGUGAAGAUAAAGAAGAUACUGAUGGAAGUAAUCUUCCUCGUUAUCCUCAUAAGUUGACACUUCUUAGACCAGAAUUAGUAGAAUCCUUUUGGGAUCAUAAAUUGAGACUAUGGCUUCAAAAAAAAACCACAGCUAAGCAAAACGAAUCGGAGGAUUCUACCAUAGAAGCUAACGCUUUGGAUAAUGAAGACUUUAAUUUUGCAUUAAAUCCAGAUGCAUUCACUAAUUAUAAGUUGCCUGAGGAAGAAGAAUAUGAAGCAGUUAAGAAAAUAGACGAAGAGAACGUGCGCGAUGCAUCUAAGUAUUUGCGAGAUACAGUGAUCCGAAUGCUAAUCAUAGAAUUUACCACGUUAGCUGUAACUCCUGUCGACGGUUCUUCACUCACAACAACAAUGCAUCGACGUGGUAUAAAUAUGCGUUAUUUAGGUAUGAUCGCAAAUAUUAUAGAUGAAUCACAAGAUAAAAAGUUAGACCAUGUAAAACAUCUUGUUAUACAUGAGAUGAUUAUAAGAGCUUCAAAACGCAUUUUACGUGGUCUUCUUCGUGAACUACCAUUAACAUAUGUUCCAUAUUGUAUAUCUCAUUUUUUGAAUUGUUUAAUUGGUGCCGACUAUAAUCCUAAUCCUCAAUCGAUGGUAUCUGAUACUACUAUUGGCAUCGAUAAUCCUACUUAUGCCUAUAUAAACCUCACCCCUUCUUCGCUUUUACAACAAAUUCGUGACACAAUACUUAUUCGAUUUCGUUAUAGACUAUCUGAUAAUUUCAUUAACGUGAAUGUACGUAAAUUACCGCUUUUAAGAGAGAUCUGUUUACGAGUAGGCAUACAAAUUGCUUCUCAAGGAUAUAAUUUUGUAAAAAAGAAAUCCAAGAAAAGGCUUACGACUUUUUUGCCAGAUGAUAUCUUGAAUUUAAUACCCACGGUAAAACAGGCAAAUCCCAGGUGUGUAUUUGCUGAAGAAACUUUCGAAGCAGGGAAACUAAGUAUUGCGAGAGGCCAUCGGGAACUUGGUGUUGAUCUGAUGUUGCAAUCCUUAGCGUUACAUGAACAGAGCUAUGGAUUCCUUCAUCCAGCAACAGCAAAAUGCUAUGCAGCAUUAGCUUUAUAUUUUUAUCACCACGAUGAUACAGAAAUUGCCAUAGACUUUCAAAAAAAAGCGGUUGUUGUCUUGGAAAGGACUUGUGGUGUUGAUAGUGUAGAUGCAGUUCAUAGUUAUCUUCAUCUUGGUCUUUUCGAAAAUGCUGUUGGUAAUACAGAAUUAGGUCUUCGUUUUAUGAGACAUGCAAUGUAUUAUUGGGAAAUCAUUUACGGUCCAUUACAUCCAGAUGGAGCAACAGCUGAUCAAAAUGUUGGAAUAAUGUUGCAAAAUAUGAGAGAUUUUACGGGUAGUGUUAAAUUUUUCGAACGUGCCAAAGGCACAAAUGAGAUUAUCUUUGGAAAAAACAACGUAGUUACGGGAGAAUCGUAA